UUAGCCCUGGAAUGUAUACACUGUCUCCCUGCCCAGCGGUUCUUUCACAAAGCUCUAGAAAACUGUGAAAGCGCCUUCAGCAUAAACAAAUCCAGAGCUCUCCCAGGACAAAUCAUUUGCCAACUGAAGGAAAGGCCUGGGAUUAUGGUUUCACUUGGAGCCAGAGGUGGAAACUCCGGAGGGACGAGACAGACCAGGCAUCAGCGGGUGGCACUGCGGCAGAACAAGAUUAUCUGAAGAUGCUAUUUGCCUGUUACCUUUGAGAGUAACCAUAACCAUAAAAAGAAGUGUGAGCUGUGAGGUCUGGAGUGCAGGUGGCCUCCCCUUCCAAUCUUCACUAAGGGAUUUUUUUUGGCGAUACCCUCACACAUCUUGGAGAAAGGACACAGAUGCUCUAAGUCUUGGAGACCCUGUAGCCAAACCCUCCAGCUCAUGCUCCCUCCUGGUACUUCUUCUCCUCUUUGCAAGAUGAACGAGGCAUUGCCAGAUGGGCUGCUCUUCAAAGACCACGACUUCUCCUCUGAAUUGUUGAGGCAGCUCAACGGUUUAAGACAAAACAGCAUCCUGACUGAUGUGUGCAUCUGCGCCGGGGCCUGGGAGGUCCCCUGCCACCGAAAUGUGCUGGCCUCCAGCAGCCCCUAUUUCAGGGCCAUGUUCUGCAGCAGCUUCCGGGAGAGCAGGGAGGCCAAAGUCCAGCUGAAGGGCAUCGACUCCAUGACGCUGGAGCAGAUAGUUCUGUACGUGUACACGGGGGCGGUGCACAUCACAGCGGACAACGUUCUGCCCUUGAUGGAGGCUGCCUCCAUGCUCCAGUACCCCAAGCUGUUUGAGGCCUGCUCCUCCUACCUCCAGAGCCAGCUGACCCCCAGCAACUGCCUGGGCAUGCUCAGACUCUCUGAGAUCUUAAGUUGCGAGACCCUCAAGAAGAAAGCCAGGGAGGUGGCCCUGACGUACUUCCCAGAGGUGUCCACUUCGGCAGACCUGAAGGAGCUCUGUGCUUUGGAGCUGAGAGACUACCUGGGAGAUGAUGGGCUCUGUGGGGAGGAGGAGAAGGUGUUUGAGGCCCUCAUGGUUUGGAUCAAGCAUGACCUCCAGGCCCGGAAACGAUACAUGCAGGACCUGUUCCAGCUAGUCAGGCUUCAGUACAUCCACCCGGCCUUCUUCCAUCACUUCAUUGCCAAUGAUGCCCUCCUGCAGUCCUCGCCUUCAUGCCAGAUCAUCUUGGAGACAGCCAAGAGGCAGAUGUUUCCUUUGUAUGGUGCCACCAGUGCCCCAGACCUUCAACCUCCAUGGCACGUCCCCCCAAGAAACUCUUACCAAGACUUCCUCAUCCUCUUGGGUGGAAGGAAGAACAGCCAACAGACCACCCGGGAUGUUCUGCUGUACAGCAGACAGACUGGCCAAUGGCAGAGCCUCGCCAAGCUCCCGACCCGGCUCUACAAGGCCACAGCCGUCGCCUUGCACCGCAGCGUCUACGUGCUGGGAGGCAUGGCUGUCGGCGCCCAGAAGAGCGUGCCUAGUCACAACGUCUACAUCUUCUCCCUGAAACUCAAUCAGUGGAGCCUGGGGCAGCCCAUGCUGGUGGCCCGCUACUCCCACAGGAGUACCACCCAUAAGAACUUCAUCUUCUCCAUUGGGGGGAUUGGAGAAGGGCAGGAGGUCAUGGGCUCCAUGGAGAGAUUCGACAGCAACUGCAACGUCUGGGAGAGCAUGGCCAGCAUGCCAGUGGGGGUUCUCCACCCUGCAGUUGCUGUGAAAGACCAAAGGCUCUACCUUUUUGGGGGAGAGGACAUCAUGCAGAACCCUGUGCGCCUUAUCCAGGUAAAUGGCUGGUCCUUCCCAUCGUGUAAGCGCAUGAGAUCCCACCUCUCCUUGAAAGUGUACCCGUAA